UUUCUUUUUCUUUUUCUUUUUCUUUCUCUUUCUUUCAGGUGUCUUAUACUCUUCAUUACACUCUCUCUAACCUUACUCUGUCUCUCCCCUACCUGUUCUUUGUUCUUGUUCUUGUCUCUCUCCGGACAAUGCCUACUUCCUAACCUUAAAAAUCUUAAAAAUCCAAUCUUUUUUCUAUUACCAUCCAAAUAUUUUUUUUCUGAGACAUCUCAAAAUGUUUCUUAAAAAUCUCUUCUUUUUCUUCUUCUUUGUCUUAAUCUUUCUCCCUUCCUCUAAGCCAGAUCUCGCCGCCGACCGUUCUGCUCUUAUCUCUCUUCGCUCCUCCGUCGGCGGACGCACUCUCUUCUGGAACAUCUCCCAGUCCACCCCUUGUUUUUGGGCUGGCGUUAAUUGCCAGGGUAAUCGUGUUACUGCCCUUCGCCUCCCUGGAGUGGCCCUAUCUGGCCAACUCCCUAAUGGCAUUUUCUCUAACCUUACUGAACUCCGGACUCUCAGUCUCCGUCUCAAUGCUCUCACUGGUCAGUUGCCUUUAGAUCUCGCUGCUUGUACGAAACUCAGGAACCUCUACUUGCAAGGAAAUCUGUUCUCCGGUGAGAUCCCUGAGUUUCUCUUUACUUUACAAGAUCUUGUGCGGCUUAAUCUGGGUGAGAACAACUUUACCGGUGCGAUCUCUGUGGGUUUUGGAAAUUUUACCAGAUUGAGGACUUUGUACCUGGAGAACAACCGGUUGUCUGGGUCAAUUCCUGAUUUGAAGUUGGAGAAGUUGGAGCAAUUCAACGUGUCAAAUAAUUUGUUGAAUGGCUCUGUACCUGAAAGAUUUAAGGCCUUUAACUCAAGUUCUUUUCUGGGUAAUUCGCUAUGUGGUCAACCUCUUGUUGCUUGCGCUCCUACUGGUACAAAUACUUCUGACGUGGUGCCUAGUACACCAACUGACAACGCAGGCAAUGCCGGUAAAAAGAAGAAGCUUUCCGGUGGUGCUAUUGCGGGUAUCGUGAUUGGAUCUGUAGUUGGAUUCUUCUUGCUUGUUUUGAUUUUGAUGUUUCUGUGCCGAAAGAAGGGUAGCAAAAAGUCAAGAUCAAUUGACAUUGCGUCAAUUAAGCAGCAAGAACUGGCAAUUCCCGGAGACAAGCCUAUUGGGGAGGUGGAGAAUGGUAGUGGGUACGGAAAUGGUAAUGGAUACUCGGUUGCCGCUGCUGCUGCAGCAGCAAUGGUGGGAAAUGGAAAAGGAGGAGGUGAUGUGAGCGGAGCUGGGGCCAAAAAGUUGAUGUUUUUUGGUAAAGCUUCGAGGGUGUUUGAUUUGGAAGACUUGUUGAGGGCUUCCGCGGAGGUUUUGGGGAAAGGAACAUUUGGGACUGCGUAUAAGGCGGUGUUGGAGAUGGGAACUGUGGUGGCUGUGAAAAGGUUAAAGGAUGUGACCAUUUCAGAAAGAGAAUUCAAGGAGAAGAUUGAGAUGGUGGGAGACAUGGAUCAUGAGAGUUUGGUCCCCUUAAGAGCUUACUAUUAUAGCAGGGAUGAGAAGCUUCUUGUUUAUGAUUACAUGCCUAGGGGAAGCUUGUCUGCCCUUUUGCAUGGGAACAAGGGAGCUGGUAGGACUCCAUUGAGCUGGGAAAUUAGAUGUGGUAUUGCCCUUGGAGCUGCUCGAGGCAUCCAAUACCUACACUCUCAAGGUACCAAUGUCUCCCAUGGGAACAUAAAAUCAUCUAAUAUCCUUCUCACUCAAUCCUAUGAAGCCCGAGUAUCAGAUUUUGGACUUGCUCACCUUGUUGGUCCUUCCUCCACCCCUAACCGAGUCGCUGGCUAUCGAGCACCAGAGGUGACUGACCCUCGCAGAGUUUCCCAAAAAGCUGAUGUUUAUAGCUUCGGCGUUUUGCUUUUAGAGCUGCUGACUGGUAAGCCCCCCACCCAUGCCCUUUUGAAUGAGGAAGGUGUAGACCUUCCCAGAUGGGUUCAGUCCAUAGUUAGAGAGGAAUGGACUUCAGAAGUGUUCGAUCUUGAGCUCCUGAGGUACCAAAAUGUCCAGGAAGAGAUGGUUCAGCUCUUGCAGCUUGGAAUAGAUUGUGCAGCCCAAUACCCUGAUAAUCGUCCGUCAAUGUCUGAAGUAACUAGCCAGAUUGAGGAGCUAUGUCGAUGUAGCCAACGGGAAGGUCAAGAUGUACAGCCAGAUAUAAUUGAUGUGGAUGGUAAAUAUUCUUGAUGAGUUGGCUGCAUCAUUCCCGGGAUUGUAACAGGAUCUUCAUUGCUUUGUUUAUGCCCGUAAUUAUCAUGUUUAAUCUUGUCCUUUAAUUUAUUCUAUGUUUGAUAUGGGGCUUAUCUUCUUUAAUUAGGAGUCAACUAUCAUUUUUUUUUUUAAUUUUCCCUUUUUCAUUGUACUAGUUUUCUCUUCCUUCAUUAUUUUUUCUUCUUUUUCAUUAAUACUUUGGGGAAGAUAUCUGCUCCAUUUGUUCUUGUUGGGUGGAAGAUGGUGGUUGUAAUUAUUUCUUUGGUUUUCUGCUUUUGAUUCAACUUUUCAUCUGUUUA